UCGCCCCCCUGGGGGAAACUACUCUCGCUGUCGUCCUUGGGGAAGGCGACUUAAGGAAGGUAAAAAUGGUACGCUUUGUUGUGGUCGACGUCGAGUCGGCUUAUAAUGUGAUUCUGGGAAGGCCGGCACUCAACGCAUUCCAAGCGGUGGUGUCAACCUAUCAUAUGAAGCUGAAAUUCCCAGUAGGAAAUAGGGUAGGAGAGGCCCGAGGCGACCAGAGGCUGUCAAGAACCUGCUAUCAAAUUGCACUAAGAACAAAUCAACGGACGGAGGGGAAGGAAGGAAAAAAGCCGAUGAUGAGCGAAAAAAGGCCAAGGAAUUCUGAUCUCGAACCCCACGGGGAGUUAAUGGAAAUACAAAUCGGAGAAACAAAGGAGCAGACCACUAAGGUCGGGAAAGAUCUGGAAGCCGAGCUACGAAACCAGCUGAUCGCACUAUUAAGGGAGUUCAGGGAUGUCUUUGCCUUCACCCCUGAAGAGUUGACAGGGAUCGACCCCGCUGUUAUGGAGCAUAAACUCAAUGUCGACCCCCUCAGAAAACCAGUAAAACAGCGACUUAGACGUCAUGGGGAAGAGAUCGACAAAGCAAUUGAAGUCGAGGUGGAUAAGUUGCUGCGGGCAGGGCAUGUAAAAGAAAUCCAAUUCCCCGAAUGGAUAUCCAACACUGUGAUGGUAAGAAAGGCACUAAACAAAUGGCGCAUGUGCAUCGAUUUCCGGGACUUGAACCUGGCCUGCCCAAAGGAUCAUUACCCUUUACCACGAAUUGAUCAGCUUGUCGACUCUACGGCUGGUUGCGAGUUAUUGAGUAUGAUGGAUGCAUCUCAGGGAUACCAUCAGAUCCCGUUAUGCCCGGAGGACCAAAGUAAGGUGAGCUUCGUGACGAGUAAGGGGACGUAUUGCUAUGUUGUCAUGCCUUUUGGGCUUAAGAAUGCAGGAGCCACCUACCAACGGCUGAUGGACCGAAUGUUCAAAUCUCAGAUCGGACGAAAUAUCGAGGUAUAUGUGGACGACAUCUUGGUAAAAAGUAAAGUCUCAGCCUCGCACCCGGACGACUUAAGGGAAACAUUUCAAACUCUUAGGACGUUCGGGAUGAAGCUGAACCCCAACAAGUGUGCCUUUGGAGUAAAGGCAGGGCGAUUCCUGGGAUAUGUCGUCACAGAGCAUGGAAUCGAGGUAAAUCGGGAAAAAGUGAAGGCCAUACUUGACAUGGCCCCACCAAGAAGCAUACGAGAUGUGCAAGUUUUGACGGGACGGAUUGCAGGACUGAGCAGGUUCAUUGCUCGGGCCGCAGAAAAAAGCUUCCCAUUCUUCAAAUUGUUGAAAAAGAAGUCGACCUUUUUAUGGAGUGACGAGGCACAAACGGCUUUCGAAAAAUUGAAAGAGUUCUUGGGCGAGCUGCCCUUGUUGACAAAACCAGAACCCGGCGACGAGUUGGUGCUCUAUAUAUCUGUGGGUGCAGUAUCACUAAGUUCGGUGUUGUUACGAGAAGAAGGAGGUGUCCAAAAGCCAAUUUACUACACCAGUCGAGUUCUGCAGGGUGCUGAGACGAGAUAUUCUGAAAUCGAGAAAGCCUCCCUAACAUUGGUAAUAACGGCUAGAAAGCUAAGGCCAUAUUUCCUGAACCAUGUGGUGUUAGUGAGGACGAACUUUCAGCUAGGAGAGACACUGGGCCGGCCCACGGUAUCGGGUCGACUCGUCAAAUGGGCAGUCGAGCUGAGCGAAUAUUCGAUCAAGUACGAACCAAGACGAGCCAUAAAGGCCCAGGCCCUAGCAGAUUUCAUCCAAGAAGGUACCAAGGGGGAAGAAAAGAGAUGGGUUGCUCAUGUCGAUGGGUCAUCGGCGGCCAAAGGAUCGGGUCUUGGAAUC